AUGUUGGGUAUAAGGUUGUCCACACAUGGUGUAUCAACAGCCCUCAGGGCACUUCGAUAUCAAUCAUUGGUUGGCUCAUCAUCAUCAUCAACAUCACUUCUUCAGUUGAACAAUCACAAGACAUACUACCCCUACUUCUGCACAUCCUCAAGUACAACUACAACAUCAUCAGAUGUUUCUAAUGAACAACAACAUGAACAACAACAACAUCAACAACAACAACAUCAUCUUAAUCAACUCAACAAUACUACAACAGCAUAUCGUAUAUUACGAUCAAAGUUAUUCAUACCAAUGCAGAAGGAUAAACCAACUGAUAGUGAAAUGAUCAAGAGUCAUCUGUUGAUGGAAAAGACUGGCAUGGUUAGAAAGGCUGCAUUGGGAAUGUAUAUGAACCUACCAUUGGCACACAGGGUCUUGGAGAACCUUACACGAAUCAUUGACGAGGAGAUGAUGAACAUUGGCGGACAAAAACUAUCAAUGCCCAAGCUACUCACCAAACAACUUUGGGAGAAGACCGGUCGAUGGGAGUCAUCAGGAGACGAGUUGAUUAAGGUUAAGGAUAGAAGAGGCGAUGAAUACUGUUUGGCACCAACACACGAGGAGAUAUUCACUGAUGUGAUCGCGAAUGAGAGAUUACCAUCAUCAAGCAUGCCAAUGUUAUUGUAUCAGAUUGGCGAUAAGUAUCGUGAUGAGAUCAGGCCAAGAUUCGGCCUGCUUCGUUGCCGCGAGUUCUUGAUGAAGGAUAUGUACACAUUCGAUCGCACGCCAGAGGAGGCCGAGGCAACAUAUGAGAUUGUAAAGGGCGCCUAUCAUCGCAUCUUCUCGCGACUGGGCGUCAAGUACAUAUGUGUCGCGGCCGACUCGGGCAACAUUGGUGGCUCGCUCUCACAUGAGUUCCAGAUCAUUACGGACGUCGGCGAGGACGACGUGAUCACAUGCUCCAGCUGUGACUACGCGGCCAACGUCGAGAAGGCCGACGGCAUCGCACACGUCAAGUACGAUCCAACCUGCUCGAUCGUUCAAUCAUUGGCCAAGGUCAAGUCCAAUGAGGGUGCGCUCGCCAUCGCUUCAGUGUGGACGGCCGCGGCGGACAAGGCCAACCUCUACUCUGUCAAGCCAUACUUCAAGGACAUUGGAGUGUUCGAAGAGAUCACCAAGGAACAGAUGUUGGCGCUUGACCCAAGCGUACCAGUGCAGACAUUCAUCGACGAAUCAAUCAAGGGCAACCAGAAACUGUUGCACAACGUCUUCAAAAACAACCUCCCCGACGACGCCAUCACUGGACGCUUCAGGAGCGCCACUUCGGGCGACCUAUGUGUGCAGCCAUCAUGCAAUGGAGGCACAUUCAUCAAGAAGCGUGGCAUAGAGGUGGGCCACAUCUUUUACUUGGGCACAAAGUACUCCAAGCCACUGAACGCAGAGUAUCGUAACAAAAAUGGCGAGAGCGUGCCCAUGGAGAUGGGCUGCUAUGGCAUUGGAGUCAGUCGUCUGAUGGCCGCACUCAUCGAGUCCCACCACACUGAGGAGCAGGGCAUCGUAUGGCCACUACAACUGGCGCCAUACAAGGCAAUCAUCCUACCCAACGCCAACAAGGCCAAUGAUACCAAUCUGCACCGCGCCACAUACUUGUACGACAUCUUGAUGCGUGAGCCACUGUUGAGGAAUCAGAUAUUCAUCGAUGAUCGUCUGGACGUGCAAUUCCCGCGACGUAUCAAAGAGGCCACACUCAUUGGCGUGCCAUAUCUCAUCUUUAUUCGUCCAAACAAGCAUCAGAAUGAAAAAGGAGAGGUGGAGGACGAGUACGAACUAGUGGACCGCAGGACUGACGAGAAGUCUAUAUUCACAAUCGUGGAACUAUUGUACUUCUUCAGAUUCAAGCUUCAAUAA